GUAUCUACCGUAUCCUAAAUGACCGUGCUGAGAGACAACGCGUUAACUCAAAUAAAAAGCAGCUCACGGGGCCUCGGUUGUCAUGAAGACAGUGAAACAACAAAUGCUAAGGUCGUUUAUUUUCACUGUAAGAAACAAAGUGCUGGACGAGCUCUCUCCGCUCAGCGCGUGGUCACAUCCUACUAGCACUAGCAGAGUAGCAGGGCCAGGCGGAAGGAGGCCAGAAGGAGGACAAAGGUGACAGGAUAAGCAAGGGGGGCUGCUAAAAAGAUGUGCACGUCUUUAGAAAGAUUGAACCUAUGGGAUGAGUAUCGGUACAAACUUUUGGAUGAUGAGGAGAAACAUUUCUUGGUGCUUAUGUUGGGUGACUUCCGAGAUGCGAUGAUAUUCCCAGAAGAACUUGUGUGGCGUUUCAAAUGUGAGAUCCCAGGAGAGAUCAAGCUAGUAAGCCGAAAGGGUUAUAGUCACGCUAUUGUGGUUGCCAAGAACCAAGAAAAGCUUGUCUUUACAGUGGGUUGGAGGCAGUUUGUUGGACAGUAUGAUCUACAGAUGGGUGAUUCCUUAAUACUAAAAUACAAUGGGAACUGCCAGUUUGAUGUCAUAAUCUUUGAUAAGCUUGGCCGUGAAAAAGCAUUAUCGGUUGUUGUGGAUCCUUUUUUGCCUCAGGUCCAAGAAAAUCCCAACAAGGCACAUGAAAUCGGAUCUUCUAAAAAGAUAGAUGUGCCUUCUGAAAGAUACAAAAGCUGGACUGAAUAUCACUACACAAACUUGGAUGAUGAAAAGAAAUAUUUCUUAAUGGUUAUGAUGGGUGAUUUUCAACAUGAGAUGAUCAUCCCAGAAGAAUUUGUUCGGCGUUUCAAGGGCGAGUUCCGAAGAGAGAUGAUACUUGAAGCAAAAAACCGUUGCAGUUACAUUAUUGCAGUUGCCAAGAACCAAGAAAAGCUUGUCCUUACAGUGGGAUGGGGCAUAUUCGUUAAAACCUUUGGUCUAGAGAUGGGUGACACCAUAGUACUCAGAUACAAUGGAAACUCCCAGUUUAGUGUCAUAAUCUUUGAUAAACUUGGCUGUGAGAAGGCACUUUCAGUUGUGGAUCUUUUUCCGCCUCUUGUGCAAGAAAGGCACACGACUGUGAAAAGUUCCCAUUUACAUCCUCAGCCCAUACAAAUGGUACUGCCAGAGUCACCACCAACGAAAAGGCAGCGGCACUUCCAAAUGGAAGUGGACGAGUCAUGUCAAGGCAAAAUCACUGCAAUAAAUAUUUCCUCCGCCGAGCCAUCUGGAGAGUCUUUCUCCUCUGAAGAUAACCAUGGAACACGUGAUGUGCCUGGUUCCAAUUACAUUCUCAGGAAGAAGAAGGCCAAUCUAUCUUCAUUUCUUUUUGAAGGAGAUUCUUUCUCCUCUGAAGAUGGCCAUGGAGGACGGGAUGCCAUUGUCAAGAAGGAGGCAAAAUUAACUUCAGCUCAGAAGGAGCAGUUGAAUGACGGUUACAUCACCGUGCGCAAGACCAAACUAACUUCAGCUCAGAAGGAAGUGGUGAAGCAGAAGGUCCAAUCUAUACACUCAGAGAUCCCCAUCUUUGUUGCUGUGAUGAGCAAGACCAACGUUGAUUCAGGAUUUUUUCUGACUUUCUCCAGGUACUAUGCUAAUAAAUAUCUUGGAGAGGAGCCGCACAUGGAUCUUCAGCUGCUUGGCAAGAAGUGGGGGGUGCGGUUCCUUGACCACCGUUGCGAUAGAAAGCUUGGAAGUGGAUGGAGACAGUUUGUAGAAGAAAACAAUCUGAAGAUGGGUGAUAUCUGCCUCUUCGAGCUGCUGAGCAAUCAGAAGAGAACUAUGGAGGUCUAUAUCAUCCCUGCGAAUGGUUACAAUUACUCGGCAGGUGUCCAGAAUGAUGUGGACCAGGAAGCGCUCGAAGGUGGUUCAGCGGCGCUGCAGAGAGAGGCCCUUGCUCAUCACGCGGAUGGAGCGCGUGAUCCUGACUCGAUAUUGCUUCGCAUCACUAAUUAACACUGAGGCUAUGAAGAUGAUGUUACCCCAGAUGGUGCCUGAUCGCCGAAGGAAAAGCCUCUGGUGUCUGAACCAAGCAUAACUGCGGUUUUUGCGCUCUGGGGAAGUCAAGCGAUCCGAUCGAUCAUAAGGGCUCUGUUACGUUGUAGAAAGUUGAAACUGUUCUGCUACCUGCGUAUUUUCUUCGUUCUCGUAGCAGGCUAGUCUUGCACGCGGACUGGAACUCCCCUGGCUGUAGUUUUAGCUGCUUUUUAGUUUCCUUUGGCACCUCUGGGUGCUGCUUUUGUGGUUGCAGUUUUAUUUCGUUAUCGUGAUGAUGAUAGUGGAGUCUGGUCCUAUGCGGCCUUUGGAAAAAAAAGAA